GCAGACGGUUGUGCUCUCGUCCUACUGCCAUCCGAAGAGUAAAAUAAAUAAAGUAAAAAUUUUAAUUAAUUCAACGAGUUAAUCAAAUAAUUCAACUAUCGGGAAUUAACUUGGGAAAUAUUCAAUUGUCACUGUCGGAAGAUUGAAAACUGUAGUAGAAAAACUACGUGAUUGAAAUAUCUCUGGUAAAUCAACUCUUAAACUCUGUGUAUUGUCGUUGGCAAGGGUAGUUAGUGUUGACGAUAAAGUGGGAUAAAGAUAUAGUGUGAAAAGAUUUGAUCGUAAUUUAUAAAAAAUCUACUUAUUGUGCGCGAUUAACCGGCAAAGAAAAUCGCGGUUCGCAGAUUUCGGUUCUGAUUCGAAUUUGCCUCUCGGGUGGUCCUUCACCGUUACUUGCACCGUUAACGCGCUCUCUUACCAUUACCGCCACUCGCAUUCUCUCUCUCUCUCGUGAAAUACCGUUGUCCCCACACCGCUAGACAGAAAUUUAGCAACUUCUUUGGAUCCCCAACAACACCAAUUACCACGAUUUGUGAUUAACAGAAAAAAACACAACACGAAAAGCAAAAGCAACAGCAAGACGAAGAUUUUUAAUUAAAUUAAGAGUGAAAAAUACCAGCCACCGCAGAAGCAAAUGUAAACAAUCAGCACCGGAAAUUAAAUAUUUAAAUAUUUGCUCACGGAAAAUUGUGCCGCAUUUUAAAUUAGGACUCCACGACAGAACAGACCCGUAUGCAUAUUAAAGUGACGUAUCCGCAUCCUAUGUGUGUCCCCCCGGUGAUCCUGUGCCGUUCCGAGUGUGUGUGUUCCAAGCCAAACGAGCCAUAAAUAAAGCCAAGCAAACAAAUAAACAUACGAACAAUCGGGUCAAAGUGCUUAGUCAGGCUAAAAGACCCAAAAGCAACAGACCUACUAUUUUCAUGUGAGGCCACAUGCACUUGUCAUCGCCAUUGUCGCAUCGAUACCAAUUAAAACAGACGUCAGCCAAAGCAAAUAGCCAUCAGCUAUAAAUUUGCAACGCCCCAGGAAAAUGCAUUGCAGCAAAACAAGCAAUUAAAGCAGUGCAGCCCCGCAACCACGAACCGAACCUGUAGUAUCCUGCCGCCUGCUGCCCGCUGUGCUAAAAACCUAUUUUAAAUAAUUAAAAUUCCGUAAGUGCUGCAGUCAAAGACGUCGGCAAAGGAGAAGUGCAAGCGGAGCGCCAAGUCGAAGGAAACCGAGUCCUAGAACGAAAACGAAAAGAACCCGGGGCUCCCUCUGUUGCCCGCAACACAAUCUGCGGCCUGCAAAUUCGUGUGCAGCAAUGAAAUAAUUAAUUCAAUGCACCUCACUAAGCCGGCGAGAAGCAGCAGCAGUAGCAGCAGCAGCAUUGCUUAUAAAUUCGAGAGCCCCCAUUUCAGCCAAACCCACUGCAACAGCCCCAACAGCGAGCCGGGCAAAAUGGCCGCAGGAGCGAGGACAAUUAGCCAGCCAGGACAUAUCCGCGAUCAGCGGCAGAUACCCAUGAGGAGGAGCCUGGCCCACACCCUGCUCCUGGCCAUCGCUGUGGUGGCGCUGCACUUCGAGAGCGUGUCCGCCCAGAGCCUGAUGACGAAGAACGAGCCCAUGUUCAUAUCACGUUCAGAGACAUUCAAAUUUAUCACCGGCGAGACAAUAGUGCUGCCUUGCGAGGUGGCCAACACGGACACGUACGUUGUGGCCUGGAAGCGCGGCAUUGCCAUACUGACCGCCGGCUCUGUGAAGGUAACGCCCGAUCCUCGCGUCCGCCUGGUGAACGGAUUCAACCUGCAGAUCCGUGAUGCCCUGCCCACGGAUGCCGGCGACUACAUCUGCCAGAUUGCCACCAUGGAUCCGCGCGAAAUCACCCACACGGUCGAGAUACUAGUGCCACCGAGGAUUCAUCACAUUAGCACCGGCGGACAUUUGCAAGUCAAGAAGGGCUCGUCGGUGCGCAUCGAGUGCUCGGCCACGGGUAAUCCAAUGCCGAAUGUGACUUGGAGCCGCAAAAAUAAUAUUUUGCCCAACGGCGAGGAGAAGCUCCACUCGCACGUCCUCUCCAUCGAGAAUGUGGAUCGGCACAAGGGCGGCGUCUACAUAUGCACGGCCAACAACCGAGUUGGUCAGCCCGCCUCCAGCCAGGUCGUGCUCCAUGUCCUGUUUUCGCCGGAAAUCUCUGUGGAGCGUCCCGUGGUCUUCUCCGGCGAAGGGCACGAGGCCACGCUGGUCUGCAUCGUCCAUGGCGAAACACAGCCCGAGGUAAUUUGGUUCAAAGACACCAUGCAACUGGAUACCACGGAGCGGCACAUCAUGGAGACGCGGGGAUCCCGGCACACUCUGAUUAUACGCAAAGUGCAUCCGCAGGACUUUGGCAACUACUCCUGCGUGGCCGAGAACCAGCUGGGCAAGGCACGCAAGACCCUCCAGUUGAGCGGAAAACCGAACGUUGCCGUUUUUAAUUCGCCGCCAAUCAGUCAGUACAAGGACAGAUACAACAUCUCCUGGGCCGUGGACUCGCACUCACCCAUCGAGGAGUACAAGUUGUCCUUCCGCAAGCUACCGCAAGGACACGAGGUCGUUGGCAACGCCAUCGACUCGCCCUCCUCCUCGCUGUCCUCGUCCUCCUCGCUCUCCUCCUCGCAGAUGUACGGCUCCGGACUGCAUUCGCAUCGCUCUGGCACUGGCAGCAGCAGCAUGGCCGGACUUGGAGUCGGUCUCGGUGGCAACUACGCUGGCUACGGCAACGUGAUGCACUGGGGUCACAACGACUGGCGCAAUGUCGUCCUGCCGGCCAUUCCCCUAUCGCACCACUACGCUCAGGGCAUGAGCUAUAUGGUGCGCGGCCUGGAUCCUGACCAGCACUACGAGGCCACCGUGCAGUCCAGGAAUCGUUACGGAUGGAGCGAUUUGACCAACAGUUUUGUCUUCUCCACAUCGUCGAAUGAUGGGCCUGUCGAUCUGUCAACCUAUUUGAAUCACGGUCUGUCAGAUAACGAGAUGCGGGACCUGAGCGUCACCUUCUACGGCAGCAGUGCCAUCAACCGGCAGAAACUGGGCCUCCUGGCCUUGAGUUCGGCCACCCUGGCCCUGAGUCUGCUCGUGGCCUAAUCACCUUCUUCAAUCUGAGCUAAGAAUUUCUCCGCCAAUAGCACUUCGACUUCAACUUCGAAUUGGGGACGCAAUGAAACGCCGACCGACGUCUACUCACAACUCUAGUCUAGUCGUAACUGGUAGAAUAAGGGAGAUUAUAUAUAUAUAUAUUAUGCAUAAGCGUAAUUAAAAGCAUUCGCGCUACGAUUUCUCAUUGUUCGAUUCGAAUUUCUCAAGCAAAGAAAACCCAUUUCGAGUUUAGUGAAUUAACCACACAACGGAAAACGGAACCAUACAUUACACAUGUAACAAUCAAUGUAAAAGAGCAUGCAACUGUUCAAACUAGGACCCCUAAAGCAUACUGCCAUACUGCAUAACCCCGAUCCUCUUAUCCUUCUCCGCACAUUCGCCGACCAUUACAGGCACCCAGACCCGUGUACAUAGAUUUUAUUGCAUACUUUUAGGAAUAAACUGCACCAAAGAAAUAGUCACUCGACGAGCGAAAGAAACCACACACAAAAAUUAACGAAUAAAUAGCAAGUACUCGAAGAUAGUCGAAGCUGGAGUGUGGCCACAGCCACCACGAUGCAGGGGGGAGUAAUUUGUAGCGUUAUGCAGAUAGUUAAUUUAAUUAAUACAUAAAUGCAUUAACUAAUUAUCGGAUACGAGCCAAUGCCGCAGCACAUUGCCCACGCAACGCAGCUUAGCCGAAAUUCAUGUGAACAAAUGGAGGAACUUAAACUAAUUUGCAGCAUUCGAGGCGUCACGCAUUUGCAUUUCCGAUGGCUUAAAGCAGACGGCGUUUUUCUAGCUUUUUGCAAUUUGUAUGUAUGUAGCAGCUAAGUAGCUUAAUUGACCGCAUAAAUGCAAUUAAAUUAGUCGACAAACCUAUUGAUUUGGUAUGUAAAUUAAUCCACUGCAAGCGGAGCCACAGCCACACAAAAAGGCAGAGCAUAUAGAAACUUCCAUAUGGAUUUCGGAUUACAAUUAGAGCGUAAGUGUAAAUAAAUACGAUUGACGUGAUGGUGGGAUUGAGGAGGAAAGCGAGUCGCAGCAGUAAUAAAUAUAUAGGAAAUAUGAAUACCCCAAUAGGCAAGCCCGAGAUGGGGCGGUUUACUCUCGUACACCGAACACAGGGUGCGGCCAAGGUUGUUUUAUGUAAAUAUAUAUUGCACCGCAGUCUCGAAUCUCAUGAUAGAUAUGAUAGGUACUUACAGUUCGAUACUCGUAUUGUUGCUUCACAACGCAAAACGGCACCCUUCGCAUUUGGUUCUCUCCAGCACCCUGUAUUAUCCUUUUUAGCAUUCCGAAAACGAAACCAAAACCAAAACUGACACCGAAUGCCAAGCCAGUGCACUUUCGAUGCAUUCACACACAAGUAUGAGCUAGACGUAAGUAAAUAUUGUAUUGAGAUUAACGACGACGUAUAUGUGUAUAGGAAAAUAUCGUAAUUGAUUUCCCAAUUAACUCAGCCAUAUACAAGAUACACAUUCAGCUUUUAUAGAACCUAAUAAAUCGGUCGGGGGAGUUGGACCGCAGAAUAACAAAGAAGUAUAUGUGUAAUUAAUACGAUUGGCCGCAAGAGCGUUAAGUGAAUUACCGUAAACUUAUAAUUUACGUUCGUGUGUAUGUAUAUUGAUGUGUAACACUUACAAGCGAAACAAUUAUUAUAACAUAAACGGCAGACAAUGCCCCAGAUCCGGUGCCCCGCCCUCUUCCCAACUCCAAAACCCAAACGAUUCCCCACGAGUCCCACUCAAAGUUGCUUUGGUCCGGCGACUGGAGCCCAUCGAUAAGUUAGCUAAAUGAUGAUAUCGGUACUCAGUAUAUAUACACCUGAAUAUAUAGAGAUGGAGCGAGCCGUUACUCGUAUGUGUAAUUUACAGCUUAGUUCUAGUUUAUAGUUUAUAGUUUAUAGUUUAUAGUUAUCCUAUUUUGUUAGUGCAACAAAUACCAAGACACGAGCCGUGCGUGUACAAUUCUACUUUAAAGUAAUAAUAAUACUAACCUACAGCAAACAUCUUCGGUAUUGAAUGUAUAUGUGACUAGAAACGUAUGUGUAU